GUUAAGUAUACAUAUGUUCAUACAUAUACACAACCGAAAUCCAACGUCUCGAAAUAAUUGAUUAGAAAAUUUUUUGCCAAAUCCGUAAAUCCACAAAUAGCAAAUAUAAAAGAUUGUCUGGGUAAUAGCAUUCCUAUACAGACCCAAUCGAAGUUGACGUUAUACAUAAGUUCGGUUAGAUAUAAAAAGUGAAAUCAUAGGGGGCUGUGUGAGUUAAACAUCGUUUAUUUUGUGAGAAGGAAAAUGGCUGCUGUUGAUGAUGCCCCGCGCACUGAGCUGCAGGAGCUGCAGCUCAAAUCAGCGCAAGUUGCGGAUGAAUCACUUGAGAGUACUCGCCGGAUGCUCAAUUUGAUGGACGAGAGCAAGGAAGCAGGUAUACGCACACUGGUGGCCCUUGACGACCAAGGCGAACAGCUGGAUCGAGUCGAGGAGGGUAUGGAUCGUAUUAAUGCGGACAUGCGUGAAGCGGAAAAGAAUCUCAGUGGAAUGGAGAAAUGUUGCGGCGUCUGUGUACUUCCGUGGAAAAAGGUUAACAUAAAAGACGACGGUGAUAGUGCUUGGAAAGCUAAUGACGAUGGAAAGGUGGUGGCAAGUCAGCCACAACGGGUGGUGGAUGAACGAGAGCGCGGCGGAAUGGGUGUUCCACCGCAAUCUGGCUACGUGCCGCGUAUAUUAAACGACGCUCGGGAGGAUGAAAUGGACGACAAUCUUGGACAAGUAAACUCUAUGCUUGGAAACUUACGCAACAUGGCACUCGAUAUGGGCAGUGAGUUGGAGAAUCAAAACAAGCAAAUUGACCGAAUCAACGCUAAGGGUGACGCUAACAAUAUGCGAAUGGAUGGCGUUAACAAGCGUGCCAACAACCUCCUCAAGAGCUAAAAUGCUUAAGUACAUACAUGAAUCCAAAACGAUAGCCUAAUUAUCUAAAGCUCCAUUACCAGCAAGCUCACUUUCUCAUCAAUAACAGCAAGCGCACCUCCACCUACAGGGAACAAAAAUGUUGUGGGCACAAUUCGUCAGUAGUAGUAGCUGUACAAGUAGUUGACGGGCACAAAUGCUACUUCAAACUGGCUAACCUUUACUUUUAUAUAUUUUUACAACAGAAUGAAUACAUAUGUACAACAAGAAUAACUGAACUACUAAACUUAACAAAGUAACUAACCCAUCUACAAUUUGGCUUCAUGCACUUAGCAAGAAGUGCUACUACUAAUAUACAAUUGCAUACAUACAAUUAUUUAUACAAGAGGAAAACCAAACAAAACAACCUUUUAUAAAGAGAUUUUUGGCAUAUGAACUCGGCCAUUGAUUUAUAGGAUUUUUGAAGCAUUUUACCUAAUUAUAAAUCAAACUAUGUAACUAAUUAUGAGAUAUACAUACAUAUAUAAAUAUGUGCAGAGGUGCGAAAAAAGAUUUGUAAUGUAUUCAAUCUAACGCGCGGUGUUUGUAACGGGCUUUUAUUUAAGGAAACCUGAUUGUGUAUACGUAGUGUCAUAUUCGUAGCUAAAUUAAUUUAUGUUUGUAGGUUCUUUCUGUGCUCGGUUGUUUAAUUAUGCGAUAUUUAUUCACAACAUAUGCCAACUAUAUUGAAAUCAACCCAGUUAUAUUUAGAGCUAAGUAAUGAUCAUAAUGUGUUUUUGAAAUUGUGAAAUUGUUUUCAUUAGGUAUAGUAUUAUGUUUAAAAUACUAUAUGAAUUUUGUUGGCCUCGUUAGAUUACAUUUUAGCCGUUACAAUGAAAUUAUU